CCAAAUUUGGCCCGCGGGGUAAUUAUAUUUGGCCCGCGAGACAAUACCAAAUUACUACUAGAGCUGGCCCGCCGGUAUUAUACAGCGCAUUCACCACUAAUACUACGAAUCCCAUAAUGCUCUGCUGUUUUCGCGCGCCAAUCAGGACAGGACCCAGAAACGCUCUCUCCUCUGUGACAGUAGUCAUAGCAACAUAGACGCUACAACUGUCAGCGAGCUAACCCUUCCCAAAAAUGGCGAAAAGAAAGGCAGAAAACAGGAGCUUUCUGGACAAGUGGGAGGCAGAAUAUCUGUUUACAUAUGUAAAAGACAAACCUGUUUGUCUUGUUUGUGGAGUCAACGUGGCUGUAAGUAAGGAGUACAACAUUAGACGACACUAUGAAACGAAACACCAUGACAAAUACAAGGACCUGGACAUGACUCAAAGGAGCCAGAAAGUAGAGGAGAUGAAAAUAAGUUUGGUUUCACAACAGAAUAUGUUUAAAAAAGCCACAUCACAAAGCGAGGCUGCUGUAAAGGCUAGUUAUAUAGUGGCAGCAGAGAUCGCAAAAUCAGCCCGGCCCUUUAAUGAGGAAGAGUUCAUGAAAAAGUGCAUGAUGAAGGUUUGUGACCUCGUAUGCCCAGAGAAAAAACAAGCAUUUUCAAACGUGAGCCUGAGCAGGAACACAGUAGCUGAUCGCACAUGUGAUCUUGCCACCAAUCUGUAUGACCAGCUGAUGGAAAAGGGAAAAGAUUUUGUUGCGUUCUCCCUCGCUGUGGAUGAGAGCUGCGACGCAUCUGAUACUGCUCAGCUGUCAGCGACAGAUGGUGCACCAGCGAUGUGCGGUAAAAAGAGUGGACUGGUGGGCAUGGUUCAGGAGAAGAUGCGGGAAGAGAACUGUGCAGGUGAGCUAACUGUUUACCACUGCAUCAUACAUCAGGAAGCACUGUGUGCCAAAGCCCUAAAGAUGGAACAUGUUAUGACCACAGUAACACAGGUAGUUAACUUUAUAAGAGCCAAAGGUCUAAAUCACCGCCAGUUUAAAUCUUUUCUGGAGGAGUGUGGUUCGGAAUACGCAGACGUGCCGUAUCACACAGAGGUUAGAUGGCUAAGCAGAGGAAAAGUACUGAACAGAUGUUUCGAGCUGCGUGAGGAAAUAUGUCAAUUCCUGGAAACCAAAGGGAAGGAUACAGCAGAGCUCCGGGAGCAAAAGUUCCUGUGUGAGCUGGCCUUUCUCUGUGACAUCUCGAGCCAUCUCGAUGCGCUGAACCUGCAGCUUCAGGGGCGGGGGCGCAUCAUCACAGACAUGUACGCUGCAGUGAGGGCCUUCAAAACUAAACUGUGCCUGUGGGAGAAUCAGAUGCUGCAAGGAAACCCUUGCCAUUUUCCCUGCUGCCAAUCCAUAAAAGCGCAGAUCUCUACCGCCGUGUUCCCAUGCGCACAGUUUGCUGAAAAACUCAGUGUUCUCGCCGCUGAGUUUAGCCGGCGAUUUGCCGACUUCGAUGCCCAGAAAUGCAAGUUUGAACUGCUUAGUAAUCCCUUCGCAGUUGAUGUGGAAAAUGCACCAACCAACAUCCAAAUGGAGCUGAUUGAACUCCAGUGCAAUGACACGCUGAAGUCAAAGUAUGAGGCUGUGGGCGCCGCACAGUUUCCACGGUUCAUCCCUGACACAAUGCCUCAGCUCCGCACCCAAGCUGCUCAGAUGCUCUCCAUGUUCGGCAGCACUUAUCUAUGCGAGCAACUUUUCUCCUCGAUGAAGAUGACCAAAACAACUCACAGGAGACGUCUGACUGAUGAACAUCUUCGCUCGAUACUGAGGAUUUCUUCAGCUCAGAGCUUGAGCCCAGACAUUGAUGAACUAGCAUCCAAGAAGAGAUGCCAGGUAUCUGGCUUGGGCACAUCAGAUUAGACCAGUGUGCAAUAAUUAACGUUUUCUUUAUGCACUUUUUCUUGCUACAAGGCAUGGGCUUGAAUGGUUGAUUGAUUUAUUAUCAUUUUAUUUGUAAAAUUAUUAGCCAGUGGAAAAAGUUUAUUUUGGUAUUUAAAUCAGAAGGCUGCAAAUAGAAAAGAGG